CUAACUUUUUGAAAAAUUUUAUAAACAAUUAUUUAUUUUAAAAUGGUGGUUAAAAAUUCAAUGCAACAACUUUUAGAAAAUUUCCCGAAAUAUGUAACUGAAGUGCAAUCAAGUCCCAGCUAUGUGGAAAUGUAUACAGGAAAUAAUAAAGACAUUGUACUUGUUUAUUCUAAAGGAAAGCAGUCGAUCGGUCCCACAGAUGAUUGUGGUAAAAAUAAUAUACCAUCAGAAGAAUUAGAACUCACUGGAUCUCCAUUAAAGCUUGAUCUCAGUCUUCACACAAUAUUGGAUGAAACUAUGAUGCCCGAUGAACCACAGUUGUGGAAGAAAGAAGAAAAUUUCCAUAACCCUAUUGACAUAGAAAAAUCAAGAGAAAUAGCAAAUUUUUACAACAAAAUCUUAUCAGAAACAAAUAAGGAAGAUGCAAUACCUAUGUGGGUGCUAUGCAAUCCUUCAUCAGAGAAUAAACCUUUGCUGUUAACUAUCCAGUCAGAUAAUACUAACUUUACGAGAGGCAUUGUUACUUAUGAAGGUUCGUCAACAUUAGAUGAAGUUGAUGUGGAUAAAUUAAUUCAAGAUUUUGCAACUCAAGCUGGUGUAAACGAGGAUAUGGUAAACUUGUCAGUGAAUUGCAAGUAUGUUUUAUCUGGGACAACAUAUAGUACAGUAAACACUAAUGAAUUGCUGAUUGCACCUCACGGGGGAGUAACGGAGCUGUUAUGUUCAUGGUCUGCAAGAACAUUGCUUACACCAUACAUUAACUGUAAAGUUAACUAUGCACAAGAAGUAAUAGUUGGUCAUUUAGCAAGUCCAUGCAACACACUGUGGAAGUCGGUCAGUUCACUGCACAAUAUAAAUCAGAUUCUUGUAGAAAUGACAGCGGCUGGCUUCAGUUCUGUUAACUUAGAAACCGCUGAAAUAAGAAAUACUGUGCAAGGUAUGAAAACACCUGAUGUAACUAAACGUCUCAACAAAUUGUUCAAUGAGACAGAAAUAUAUACUUAUACUGCGGAGUGUCCCGCAGGAGGCUGUAUCUGUGUAACGGAGGAUACAGACAGUCUUAGACAAUGCUUGUCUUCUAUGGCCGCUAAUGGUUCCAGUAAUGAUUUUACAUAUAAGCUAUGGGAUAUUUUAAGAGAUUGUGGAAAUGCAGAAGAAUUAAUAACUUUAUUAUUACAAGCAUUAAAGUUUGUUUCUUCUGGAAAAAUACGACCAUUUAUAGAUGUGAACAACAAAACAUAUCUAUCUAAAUUAGUACUGAAAUUAUCCAGAGGUCACUCUCAGACAUCCAAAGUGUUGAAAAAUCUUAGAAGCAGUCCACCUCAGGCGUUGUCAUUGGUCGCUCAGGUCGGGAUAGAGAAGACCAUGUGGGAGUAUACCAAAGUCAUGUCACUUGUAGAACACUCUUUCUAUAUCGCUGGUAUAUGGAAUGCUGAUACAAGGAGUCAUGAAUCUAUAGAACAAAUAAACCAAACGAUACAAGACAUGACAAUGGGUGGUGACUUCACAUUGAAUCCAUUCGAGAGUGUCAGUACCGGAGAACAUUCCAUACGACUUGACUCUGACUCUUUUUAUUGUGAAGAUACAAAUGAAUUGACUGUAGAUGAUUUUGCUUCCUUAAAGAAACAUGGUUUAGUCAAUGAAAGGAAAGAUGCUAAUGAGGUGCCUUUAAUAGCAGAUGAAAUAGAUAUAAGUCCGUGGAAGAAUCUACUGAUGAAGUUUGCUCAAGUUCAUGUCUGUUUGGAACAUUUAUAUCGCGUCGAGAAUUGUUUGAGAGUUAAUUUUGACCAAAUGAAACCAAUAGCGUCAAAGUUGUUGGAAUUAUAUGUGUCAGAGAAGUCCCCGGUGAGAACUAUAGGUCAGUUGUUGAGUGAUCCGGUGCAAAAAAUAUUUCUACCUAUCACUAAUAUCAUCGUUCAAGAUCAUUUAAAGAAAAUGGCGUUCUGGUAUCGUUUGGAAGUAACAAAGAAAGAUGAUGAUUCAGGCUUCAAAAGGGAUAUGAAAAAUGUUUAUAUUUUCUCACAAACUCCUGUGUUUCCACCAUCUGUUUGGCAACAUUUAGAGCCGACUACAGAAGAUGUAGCGGAGGUGACAACGAUUGGUGAAGAAUUGUUAUACCACUCCACUAAGUACACAUAUAUUAGUAAUAAGUUGAUUAGAAAAUUAAAUAUUUAGAUUUUUUAUUUACUUGGAACAACUGUAUUAAUCUUCAUCGUCAGCUCACUAUACGUCCCCACUGAGGGGCUCGGAGCC